CUUCCCCUUCCCCUUUCUCUCCUCCCCUUUCUUCUUCCCGCCUAGUCUUCAGACUCUCCUGGGUCUUCUCUCUCCACCGCCUGAGCUAAGCUACUAGUUCUGAAAUACCGCCAUGAGAAAAGUUAGAAAAGGAAGACAAGAAAAUGAAGUUGUGGUCUUGAAGUUCCAUGUUCUACAUUCUUACUAUCCAUUGGGUUCGCUGGAGUCGAUUGUUAAUCUUGUGCAACCUACUUUAGCGACGGAAGCCAUGGGUGUUGGGACAUUCACAUUAAAUAUUAUGAGGGUUAAUGGGUCGGUGGCGAUUGACACGGGGAUCGUUCAGGCAUCGGUAACCCAGAUGUUUUUUUAUCAAAACCCAGUUUCCAUCUUUGCAGUUUCGAAGGUUUUAUUGCCGAUAGAGAUUUUUGGGAAGGAAGCCCUUGGGGCGACGAGGAGUGGCAAUGCAGGGGUUUCCGCGAGGAGAUCCGAUCGGGUGCAGCCGUUACUGGCGUACAAAGAACUCUCAUUGCUGCUCUCUCAGCUGUAUAGCAUUGUACUAAUGUAGGAGUAACAAUAGCAGCAGAAGCAGCUGGGGCUGUACAAAGAGAACCCUUAAUUUCAAUCAUCGAUAACGGAUUCAAAAGCCAGAGGAAGGAUAGGUGGUUCUCGCCCUAAUUGUCCUGAGACGUGGACCAAGGACCCAUUUUAGAAUUAUUGUUGUUGAAAUUAAACAAAACCCUAACCUUAUUCAUCAUAUCUAAGCUGUGAAAAAUCAAUUCUGUCAAACCCAAUUCAACUACACUGUUGGCCGAAGGUAUACACACCAUCAUCCGCAAGCCAAAAAUUUAACCUUGUCUCGCCCGCUCGCAAGACAAUCUUGCAAGCCUCUCACCCCCAACAAGCCACACCGGUUAAGAUGCAAAGAAAGCCUGACCAGGAAGGCCACUACUGUUGAUGAACGACUAUGUCAUCGAUUCAAGAAAGAACCACACGGUGUCCGUAACCUCUUCAUCACGGGAUCGUGUGCAGACGCCAGAACCUCGGAAAUCAACGAAUUAAGCCAUUUGACCUUUUCAGAAAUGUGAAGGAAUCUGAGGUAGAGGGGAUUACCGUCCUUGUGUAUCGUGAGGUCAGGGAAGAUGAACAACAUUCAAAGAAAGCCUGACCAGGAUGGUCACUACUGUUGAUGAACGACUAUGUCAUCGAUUCAAGAAAGAACCACUCGGUGUCCGUAACCUCUUCAUCACGGGAUCGUGUGCAGACGCCAGAACCCCGAAAAUCAACGAAUUAAGCCAUUUGACGUUUUCAGAAAUGUGUAGGAAUCUGAGGUAGAGGGGAUUACCAUCGCUGCUAUUAUCCGUGUAUCAUGAGGUCAGGGAAGAUGAACAAUAUUUUUUUCAAUGGCGAAUUUCAACGGAAGGCUAAGGAAAGGGGGUCUUUGCCUCACGGUCAUAGUACAGGAGGGUCUUUGUCACAAAACAAAGUACAUGGGGGUCUUUGUCACAGACCCCAUAGUACAAGGGGGUCUUUGUAAUUUACCCUUAUUAUUAUUAAUCACCGAACUGCCGCUGCUACAAGUUGCAGUGGCGGUGGCGGUGGUGGGAAGACAAGAGAGAGAGAGAGAGAGAACUGCCGCUGCUUGUUCAGGUCGUAGAGGGGGUUCGAAUGACCUAUUUUCGAGUUAUAUGAAG